UGGCCGCCGCCACCCUCGGUUCCAUUUCUAUCGUAUCAUUCACAUCGCGGAGGAAAAGGCGAUCAGAACUCGCAGCAGCUUUUUGAUCUUCCUUUCUCUCUCGAUCCGUCGCACGCAUCUCCUCGCCCGGCAGAAGAUCUUCUUCUUGCUUGUUCCUCAGUUGGGCGAAGUUGUUCAUGUUGGAAGUGGAUGUGGAUUCGUGUUAACGUCUGAUGUUGGUAUCAUUGAUUAUUGGAUGUGGAGGAAAAGAGAUGACUUAUACGAGUGAUCCAGCAACGGUUGCUGCACUAUGUCUAGUUCCACAAAAAUUCUUGAUCCUGCAUUUCAGGGAGCUGGUCAAAGGGUUGGGCUGGAAUUAUGGCGUAUUGAGAAUUUUCAGCCUGUACCACUUCUGAAGUCUGAUUAUGGUAAAUUUUAUUCAGGAGAUUCAUACAUAAUCUUACAGACAAUUUCUAAAGGUGGUGCAUAUUCAUAUGACAUUCACUUUUGGAUUGGAAAAGAUUCUAGUCAAGAUGAAGCAGGGACUGCUGCUAUCAAGGCCGUCGAGCUGGAUGCAGUACUUGGAGGUCGUGCUGUUCAGCACAGAGAACCUCAAGGCCAUGAGUCUGACAAGUUCUUGUCAUAUUUCAAACCAUGCAUUAUUCCAUUAGAAGGAGGCUUUGCUUCUGGAUUUAGAAAGCCGGAAGAAGAGAACUUCCAAACACGAUUAUAUAUCUGCAGAGGAAAACGUGUGGUCAGAAUGAAACAGGUACCUUUUGCUCGUUCAUCUUUGAAUCAUGAUGACGUCUUUAUACUGGACAUGGAGAAGAAAAUCUAUCAAUUUAAUGGUGCUAAUUCUAAUAUCCAAGAAAGAGCAAAAGCAUUAGAAGUAGUUCAACAUUUGAAAGAACAGUAUCAUGAUGGGAAAUGUGACGUUGCAAUAAUUGAAGAUGGAAAACUUCAAUCAGAUUCAGACUCUGGUGAAUUUUGGGUGCUAUUUGGUGGUUUUGCACCGAUAGCCAAGAAGCAUUCUACUGAAGAUGACUUUGCCCUGGAAAUUGUUCCUGCAAAACUCUAUAGUAUAAACGAUGGCCAGUUAAAGCUAGAAGAUAACAAUCCUUCCAGAGCAAAUUUGGAGAAUAAUGAAUGCUAUUUACUGGAUUGUGGAGCUGAGAUAUUCAUUUGGGUUGGUCGGGUAACUCAAGUUGAUGAGAGAAAAGCUGCAAGCAAAGCUGCUGAGGAGUUGAUUAUAAAUCAAAAUAGAUCAAAGGCGACACGAAUAACCCAAGUUAUUCAAGGUUAUGAGACACAUUCAUUUAAAUCCCACUUUGAAUCAUGGCCAGCGGGCUCAGGAUCUGGAGCAGAAACCCCUGGUGGAGAGGAGGCCCGAGGAAAAGUAGCUGGUGCUUUGCUAAAGCAGCAAGGUGUUGAUGUUAAGGGAACAUCCAAAGGACCAGUUUUAGGUGAGGAAAUUCCCCCAUUAAUUGAAGGAGCAGAAAAACUCGAGGUCUGGCUUAUUAAUGGUGGUGCAAAAAACCAAAUUCCAAAAGAAGAGAUUGGUAAAUUCUACAGUGGAGAUUGUUAUAUUGUACUCUGUACUUAUCGUGCUGGUGAGAAAAAAGACGAAUACUACCUGUGUUGUUGGAUAGGAAAGGACAGUGUUCAGGAUGAUCGUGCAACAGCAACUCGGUUGUCUAACUCAAUUUGCAGCUCAUUGAAAGGACGACCUGUUCAGGGCUUUGUCUUUCAAGGCAAAGAGCCACCUCAGUUUAUUGCACUUUUUCAGCCUAUGGUUGUCCUAAAGGGUGGAAUCAGCUCUGGCUACAAAAAGCUUUUAACAGAGAAAAACAUCAAUGAUGAAACUUACACUUCAGACAGCAUUGCACUUAUUCAAGUAUCUGGUACAUCAGCCCAUAACAGUAAAUCAAUUCAAGUUGAUGCGGUUGCAACAUCCUUAACAUCCAGUGAAUGUUUCCUUUUACAAUCUGGGAAUUCUCUGUUUGCUUGGCAUGGAAACUCAAGUACUUUGGAACAACAACAGUGGGCUGCAAGGGUUGCUGAGUUCAUAAAGCCAGGUGUUAUACUGAAGCAUACCAAGGAAGGGACAGAGAGCUCUGCUUUCUGGUUUGCUCUUGGUGGAAAGCAUGACUAUACUAGCAAAAUAGUCGUUCAAGAUAUUGUUAAAGAUCCUCACUUGUACACAAUUUCAUCCAAUAAAGGAAAAUUUGAGUUCACUGAAGUUUUCAAUUUUUCACAAGAUGAUUUACUGACUGAGGACAUGUUGAUACUUGAUACACAUGUUGAGAUUUUUGUUUGGGUUGGCCAACACGUGGAUUCCAAGGAGAAACAAAAGGCAUUUAUUGUAGGACAGAAAUACAUUGAGCAUGGAGUGUCAGAUGAGGGUCCAUCUCCAGAUGUUCCAAUGUAUAUAGUCACUGAAGGUAAUGAACCGUGUUUCUUCACAACAUACUUCACUUGGAACAACACAAAGGCGAUGGUUCAAGGAAAUUCUUUCCAGAAGAAGCUCUCGCUACUUUUUGGUACAGCGAUGCAUGCUCCACAGUCUAACAAGCCUGAUAAUGUGAGUCAUAGUGGGCCUACUCAACGAGCAUCAGCGUUAGCAGCCCUUUCUUCUGCAUUCAAUGCAUCUUCAAGCAGUUCAUCACAAGUCAGCAAGGCCAACGUUGUGAAUCACAGUGGUGGACCCACUCAAAGAGCUUCAGCUUUAGCAGCCCUCUCCUCUGCAUUCAAUUCAUCUCCGAAUGAUUCACUCCAGUCUAAUAACAAAGUCUACACCGUGAAUCAGAGUGGACCCACACAAAGAGCAUCUGCUUUAGCAGCAUUAUCCACUGCAUUCAAUCCAUCUUCAAGCACAAAAAAUAGUGCGCCAAAGCACCCAGAACCAAGGAAACGGUCGCAGAGAGCAGCUGCCAUUGCUGCCCUAUCAUCUGUUUUGACAGCUGAAUCUACGAAAGGUGAGAAUGAAAUUUCCACAGCAAGAAGCAGUGGAAGCUCCUCUCCUGGCCCAGAAGCAGCUGGCACUGUCCCCACAAGAACUCAAAGUUUCGAGUCUGGUCUGGAAGAUCUUGUAGAAAUUUCUACAGAAAAGGAAGACAAUGCAGAUGACCAAACAUAUGGGAGCCAUGUGGUGGACUCAGAGGAAAAACGAGACCAGGAUAUAGUAGAAUACGAUGGCGAAAGUACAUACAGUUACGAACGGCUGAAAUCAAACUCAAGCUAUCCUGUUCGUGGAAUCGAUUAUAAACGAAGAGAGGUCUACCUAUCAGAAUCCGAGUUCCAGACCGUGUUCGGUCUGACCCGAGAACUCUUCUAUCAGCAACCCAAGUGGAAGCAGGACGCCCAGAAAAGAAAGAAGGAUCUCUUCUAAGUAUCUGAACUUUUUUAUCCUUGAUAUAUAUAUUAUUUUUCAAUUUGAAGUUUUUUUGCUGUGUGUUUACUAGCCCGAACACAGAUUACUAAGGACUAUUCUUUUAGAGGAAACAAUAAGUGGGAGAGUGUGCCUUGUCGUUGUUGCUCUUUCUCAUUCUCCUUCGCCAGUUGUGCCCAUAUGUACAUAUUUUAGGUCUCUUGUUGCAUAUGGACAGUAGUGCAAAUGGAAGUGGUACCGAUCAAACUUAUACACAUAAAUUUGGUGGAUGUAAUGGUGCUUGUUUACUGUCAAUGGCAAAUUUGUUUACAGAUUGAAUAAUGUUUAUUCUCAUAUGUUGAUGA